UUCAUAAGCUGCGAAAAACCAACAAGCAUCCGAUUGUUUUGUGUAAGGCCAAAAUUGCAGUAUAAUGACUUCUGUGACCAGAGUUGUAUCUAAUCGCAUUUAUGGCAUUUUGAAUCCAGGAAGAUCUACAUACACAGCAGUGUUGACAGGUUUUCGUAAUCAUUCAGAGGAAGGAAAGGGUCAUCGCAAAAAGGGGAAAACCCCAGCUGGAAAAUUUGAUGAUCCUCGACAAGAAUUAGAAACAGAAGAAGUGGUGAAUAUGACUGUUGAACAGGAACCUCUGGAGAGGUUUCCUAAUGACACAAAUCCAGUCACUGGCGAGAUAGGAGGCCCCAGAGGACCAGAGCCCACUCGUUAUGGAGACUGGGAGAGGAAAGGUCGUGUGACAGACUUCUGAUGGGAUCUCAAAAUCUGCUUUUGUUUACAUGCAUGUCUUUCAUUUGUGGCCAUGAGUUUAAUCUCAGGUGAUUUGUAUGUGUUUGCAUUAAUCUGAUUCUUCUGAAGGACAGAUCCAGUUUGUAGCCAGUUAUUGAAUUUUAUUGUUAAUAUAACAUGAAAGCACUUGAAUGUUCGAUGGAAUUGUUUGUUACUAUGAGAUAAAUAAGAUACUGUUCAAUAACCUCCAAGUUUACAAGAUCAAUACAUGGAUUUGUUUAAGUUGAUCACACGAAGAAUUCUUGAGUUUAAUAUUGUCUGCCUUCUUUAAAGUUUUCUUCAUUAUGUGUUCUUGUUCUAGCAGAAAUCUUGCUCCACUUGCCAAGUUUUAUAAGAAAACUUAAUUAGAACAAAUUACUACAGUUCCAUGUUUAAAAAAAUCUUUAUUUAUGAGCACUUCACAAUGUUGCUUAAGUCCAUUACAGAAAAUGUAAUCUAUUGUUUCAAGUUGAGUUUUGACCCAGAUACAUGUACAAUGUGAUUUUAUUCUCAUAAAAUAAAAAAAUAAGAAAUGUCA